AUGCCGACAGCGGCGAAGCGGGAGCUAGUUUUCUCCAUUGAUGGACAGUCUGGAACUUAUAUUGUCCAUAUGGACUUAUCAUUCAUGCCCAGAGCUUUUACUAGCCAUCAGAGAUGGUUUUCGGCUACCCUUUCUUCUAUAUCAAACAGUGGGUUUGUGUAUGCCUACACUAAUGCCAUCCAUGGUUUUAGUGCAGUUCUUUCUCCAACAGAGCUUAAAACCAUCAAGAAAUCUCCUGGAUAUCUGUAUUCCAUUAAGGAUGCUUUGGUUAAGGUUGACACUUCCCACGCGUCGGGAUUCCUUGGGCUCAGUUCCGACCACGGUGCAUGUCCGGUGACGGACUAUGGUCUGGAUGUUAUUAUUGGGGUGAUUGACACCGAGGUUUGGCCGGAGAGUAAGAGCUUUGGAGAUGAUGGGAUGGGGGAGAUUCCAGCGAGGUGGAAAGAGGAAUUCGAGAGUGCAACUCAGUUUAGUCCUUCCAUGUCUAACAAGAAAUUCAUCGGAGCUCAUUACUUUAACAGAGGCCUGCUUGCCAAGAAUCCUAAUUUGACUACUAUUUCCAUAACUCUGCUCGUGACAUGGACGGCCAUGGAACCCACACUUCCUCCACCGCGGGCGUCGCCGGAAUAA